AUGAUUGAAAGUGAAAGACUAAACUACAUACGCAGGCAACAAAAGAAUCUUCGUUGUGAAUCAUUUGAAAAUCUCAAGAAGCAUAAAGAGGGUGGUUCAGAUUCAUUAUCGCAGACCGGGAAGCGCGUUCUUUUACCUUCUUCGUUUACAGGAGGUUCUCGGUUCAUGCAGCAAAAUUACCUUGAUGCAAUGGCUUUAUGUAAGUGGUAUGGCUACCCGGAUUUUUUCAUAACUAUAACCUGUAAUCCAAAGUGGCCUCAAGUAAAAAGAUUUCUUAAGGAUUCAACCAUUAAAGCUGAAGAUAGGCCUGAUAUAUUAUGCCGAUUGUUUAAGAUGAAGCUCGAUUCUUUAACAAAAGAUCUAAAGGAUUCUAAAUUUUUAGGUGAUAUUAAUGCUGUUGUUUAUACAGUUGAAUUUCAAAAACGUGGUCUGCCCCAUGCUCACAUUUGUUUAUUCAUGAAGGCCAAUCACAAACUUCCUACCGUAGAUCAGAUAGACCCCUUUAUUUCUGCUGAGAUUCCAGAUAAGGAUAAGGAUGAAGAUCCUGAACUUUAUUCUCUUGUGACUGAUUAUAUGAUUCAUGGUCCAAGAAGAGAUACCGGACAUACUGUUGUAAAAUCCGGGGUCAAAUUAGACAACAGAAGUGUUGUUCCAUAUAACAAAAUCCUUUUGAAAAGAUAUCAAGCACACAUCAAUGUUGAGUGGUGCAACCAAGCUGGUUCAGUCAAGUAUUUGUUCAAGUAUAUUAAUAAAGGCCCUGAUAGGGCUACUGCUGUUGUUUAUAGUGAUGGUGAUCAAGGCCAACAAGAGAAACCGAGAGAUGAGAUCAAGGAAUAUUAUGAUUGUAGGUACAUAUCAGCUUGUGAGGCAACUUGGAGAAUAUUUUCAAACGAGGUUCAUUAUAGGUAUCCAGUUGUUAUGAGGCUGCCAUUUCAUUUACCUGGUCAACAGAAUGUUGUUUAUGGUGCAGAUGAUGACAUUGAUAAUGUUCUAAGUAAGCCUUCUGUUGCUUCUUCAAUGUUUAUGCAAUGGAUGAAGUUGAAUGAAAAAGAUCCGGCUGCUCGAAAGCUGACAUAUGUUGAGUUACCUACUAAGUAUGUUUGGAAACUUGAGAAAAGAUGUUGGCAAGUUCGUAUAAAAUACCAAACUGUUGGAAGGAUUCAUUCCGUUUCUCCUGCGUUGGGCGAGCCGUGUUUUUUAAGAAUUUUACUCAACAAAGUUAAAGGCCCACGAUCGUUCGAGGAGAUACGAACUGUUAACGGGAAAGUGUUCCCGACUUUUAGAGAAGCAUGCUAUGCUUUGGGACUAUUAGACGAUGAUAAUGAGUACAUUGAAGCCAUUAAAGAAGCAAGUUUCGAAGGGCAUGGUCGAUAUCUACGUGCUUUAUUUGCUACAAUGCUUGUGUCAAACACCCUUUCAAGACCAGAAGUCGUAUGGGAGAAGACAUGGAACUACUUAUCUGAUGAUAUUCUAUACAAACGACAGAAAGAAACUAAUAUUUCAGGUUUAGUGCUUCCUGAACAUCAAUUAAAGAACCUUACAUUGUUGGAAGUAGAAAAGUAUUUAAUUUCAAAUGGUUCCACAUUACGUAGAUUUUCCACUAUGCCUUAUCCGGAUGAUGAUUCGUUACGUAAUGCUACAAAUCGGCUAAUUAACGAAGAGCUUUCUCAUGACGUGACUGAGGCACAAAAUGAAUUUAAUAGACUGCAUGAAUCUCUUACUGAUGAACAACGAUGUGUCUUUAACCAAAUAAUGCUUGCAGUUGAUAGCGGAAACGGGGGUAUCUUUUUUGUAUAUGGGUAUGGUGGAACUGGGAAAACAUUCUUAUGGAAGACCUUAGCUUCAGCCGUUCGUUCUAAAGGUGAAAUUGUAAUAAACGUCGCUUCAAGUGGUAUUGCAUCCUUACUUCUUUCUCGCGGUAGGACCGCACACUCAAGGUUUCAUAUACCCAUUAAUCUAACAGAGGAUUCAAUGUGUCAUAUUAAGCCAAAAAGUGAUAUUGCGAACUUAAUUAAGGAGGCAAAGUUGAUUAUAUGGGACGAGGCACCAAUGGUCCACAAACAUGCCUUUGUGGCUUUAGAUAGGUCAAUGACAGAUGUUUUUUCAGGUGGUACAAGUAUACGUUCGGAAGUUCCAUUCGGAGGUAAAGUUAUCGUUUUUGGUGGUGACUUUAGACAGAUUCUUCCAGUUAUUCCUAAUGGAAGUAGACAGGAAAUUGUGAAUGCAUCCUUGAGCUCAUCAUAUAUAUGGUCAAAGUGCAAAUUGUUAAAGUUGACUAAAAACAUGCGACUGACUGUCGGAGCUCAAAAUUCGAAUAUGGAAUCAAUUAAAAAAUUCGCCAAAUGGCUACUUGAUAUUGGUGAAGGAAAAGUUGGUGGUGAUAAUGAUGGUGACGCCCUUAUAGAGAUACCUGAAGAUUUGUUAAUCAAUGAUGUAUCUGAUCCGAUUCAAAGUUUAAUUGACUUUGUAUAUCCUUCGCUAAUGGAACAGUUUAAGAAUCCCGGUUUUUUUUCAGAACGAGCAAUCCUAGCACCUAAAAAUGAAGUAGUUCACGACAUUAACGACCGGUUGCUAGCGUUAUUUCCCGGUGAAGAGAAGGAGUAUUUGAGUUCUGACAGUAUUUGCCAAACCGAGCAAAUGCUUGAUCCGUUUCAAGAAAGUUUAUACUCUACGGAAAAUCUCAAUGCUCUUAAGAUUUCAGGUUUACCUAAUCACAGAUUAGUACUAAAAGUUGGAGUUCCGGUAAUGCUUCUCAGAAAUAUCGAUCAACAAAACGGCUUAUGCAAUGGAACUAGACUUCAGAUUACUUUUCUUGGUAAACGAGUAAUCGAAGCUGAAGUAAUAUCCGGCGGAAAUAUUGGAUCAAGGGUUUUUAUUCCGAGGAUUAACAUGAUACCUUCAGACAAAAAAAUCCCUAUUCAAUUUCAACGCAGACAAUUUCCGUUAUCCGUAUGCUUUGCCAUGACCAUUAACAAAAGUCAAGGACAGUCAUUAUCUAGAGUUGGUCUAUAUCUAAAAGAUCCUGUUUUCACGCACGGUCAACUGUAUGUUGCGCUAUCAAGAGUUAAGACGAGAGAUGGUGUGAAGAUUUUAAUAUUCGACGAUGAAAGAAAACCAACAAAUCAAACUGCCAAUGUCGUUUACAAAGAGAUUUUUGGCAACUUAUGA